AUGGGCGUCCGGGACUCCCACGGCGAGGCGAUGGGGACGCCCGAUCCCGUCGAGAAGGGGUUCGCCACCCUCAACACCGUCAGGAUCGGUGUGAAGGCGAUGGUGCAGAAGGAUGGUGAACUUCGAAAAGCGGAAAUCUUGUCUAUUAGGCAACGCAAGGACGGUCCUUCAUUCUAUGUUCAUUAUGUUGAUUUCAACAAGCGUCUUGACGAAUGGAUUCAUGCUUCUCGUAUUGACCUCUCCCAGGAGGUUGAGUGGCCCCAGCCAGAGAAGUCGGAGAAGAAAAAGACCGGCGCUGCCAACAAGGCGGCACCCAGCAAAAAUGUCCAAAAGCGGCCACGGGCUGAUAGCCGUGAGGUAUCAGGGACACCAGAUGCUUUAGGUGGCAAGAACAUAAAUGUUGACAAGAGUCAUCGGCCCUCAAAGGCUGGUGGCAAAGAGAACCUCGAGGUCCAGACACCUGGCGAUGCAUCCCUGUUUCCAUCGGAGGCGGCUUCUGCCGCCGAGACACCCAAAGGGGACUCGGAGGAUGUGGAUAUGACAGAUGCGCAGGAGCUCAAGGAAGAUGAGGUCAAGACAGCUUCUGGGGAGGUAAUUUCCCGUGGAGAGGAGAUUGAGCGACUUCGCACCAGCGGUAGUAUGACACAGAACCCGACUGAGAUUCACCGAGUGCGCAACCUGACCCGUCUUCAAAUGGGCAAGUACGACAUUGAGCCCUGGUACUUCUCGCCGUACCCAGAUGCCUUCUCCGACGUAGACCUAGUCUACAUUGACGAAUUUUGUCUCAGCUACUUCGACAACCAGCGUGCUUUCGAGCGCCAUCGCGCCAAGUGUACCCUCGUACACCCGCCUGGUAACGAGAUCUAUCGCGACGAUAAUAUCUCUUUCUUUGAGGUCGACGGUCGUCGGCAACGCACCUGGUGUCGCAACCUAUGUCUCCUUAGCAAACUUUUCCUCGAUCACAAAACUCUCUACUACGACGUCGAUCCCUUCAUGUUCUACUGCAUGUGCACUCGUGACGAAACCGGAUGCCAUCUCGUCGGCUACUUCUCUAAGGAAAAAGACUCCGCUGAAGGCUACAAUCUGGCUUGUAUCUUGACGCUCCCGCAAUAUCAGCGGCGUGGUUUCGGCCGGCUGUUGAUCUCCUUCAGCUACGAGCUCAGCAAGCGUGAAAACAAGCUCGGUUCCCCCGAAAAGCCACUCAGUGAUUUGGGUCUCCUCGGUUAUCGUCAGUACUGGCGCGAGACACUUGUUGAACUCCUGAUCGAGCCGGGCCGCGAGGCUAUGAGUGAGAAUGAGCUUGCAGUUCUUACCGCUAUGACUGAGAAGGAUGUGCACGAGACUUUAGUAGUCUUCAAUAUGCUUCGAUACCAUAAAGGAAAUUGGGUCAUCGUUCUCACAGACUACGCCGUUAGUGAACACAACAAGCGCUUGGAAAAAGAAAAAGUCAAGGGCGCUCGGAGAAUCGAUCCUGCUCGUCUGCAGUGGAAGCCCCCGGUGUUCACUGCCUCCAGUCGGACCUGGAACUGGUAA